AUUUUAUACUGUUUAGCUAGAUCUAGUAUACAAUGCAAGUUGUAGGUCAGAAAUAUUUGUUUAUUUGGACUAGAAAAUCUAGAUCUAAAGACUAGAGUCGCUUGGUCUAUUUCUGUUAAAAUAAUAGAUCUACAUAUAGUCUAAGUAGGGUGUAUAAACUAUUAAUAUUAUAAUUAUUCACAAAACACUUUUUAAUCAUGGCGGAAGCUUGGAAGGAAACAGUAGUAGUACCCAUUGCUAGAACACUAAAUGGAUCUAAAGCCUUAGUAAAUAGAUUAUUUGAUGGUUUGGAACCAUGGCAGAUAGCUGUUUACACAGGUGGAACAACAUUUGCUAUACUGUAUCUUAGAGACUUUCUUUUCCAGGAUGAUGAUACUUUGACAAACAGGGCAAAGCGUCAGUUUUUUUAUUUGAUAAGAAAAAUACCAAGAAUUCAGAAGAAAAUAGCUUCUGAAAUGGGUAAAGUGACUAAAUCUGUGUCAGAGUCCAUGAGUAAGAAAAUAGAAGGGGAAUAUCUCAUCAGAUUACCAAAGAAUGGAUUAAAUGAACAACAAGUUUUAGAAGAACUUCAGAAAUACAAGCAAAUGACAAACAAUUCUUGGAAAAAUGGCAUGGUUUCUGGAACUGUUUACAGUGGUGAUGAAAACCUUACAGAACUCAUGGCUAAGACCUAUGGUAUGUUUGCCUGGGCCAACCCACUUCAUCCUGAUGUGUUUCCUGAUGUGAGAAAAAUGGAGGCUGAGAUUGUGCGAAUGUGUUGUAGUGCAUUCAACGGGGACCAUGACACAUGUGGCACAUUGACAUCUGGGGGAACAGAGAGUAUUCUACUGGCCAUGUUGGCCUAUAGAAAUCUAGCUAGGGAGAGAGGAAUAAAAAUUCCUGAAAUCAUAGCUCCAUCCUCUGCACAUGCUGCAUUUGAUAAGGCUGCCAGCUACUUGCAUAUGAAAAUUACCCACAUUCCAGUUGAUGAGGAAACAAGAAUGGUUGAUGUUAAAGCCAUGAGGCGUGCUAUUAAUAAAAAGACUUGUGUGCUUGUGGUAUCAGCACCUCAGUUCCCUCAUGGCAUCAUUGAUCCAGUGGAAGAGGUUGCAAAGCUUGGUUUGCAGUAUGGAAUACCAGUUCAUGUAGACAGCUGUCUUGGUGGUUUCCUUUUGCCAUUCAUGGAAAAGGCUGGUUUUCCUCUUCCUCCCUUUGAUUUCCGUGUGUCAGGAGUCACCAGCAUCUCAGCUGAUACACACAAGUAUGGGUUUGCGCCAAAAGGAUCUUCUGUCAUAAUGUACAGAAAUAAAGAAUUGAGGUCAAAGCAAUUUUUUAUUUUGGUGGAUUGGUCAGGGGGUCUGUAUGCAUCAGCUACUUUUGCAGGCAGCAGGGCAGGAGCCAUUUCAGCCGCCUGCUGGGCCACAUUGAUGUAUUUUGGUGAGGCUGGAUAUGUGGAGUCUACAAAGAAAAUAGUUUCAACAACAAGAUAUGUCCUUAGCAGGUUGAGAACCAUUCCUGGAAUUUUCAUUUUUGGAGAGCCCUUAGUGUCCAUCAUUGCCAUUGGUUCAAAAGAAUUCAAUGUCUACAGAUUGUUUAAUGCUCUGGUAGAAAAAGGAUGGAAUCUUAAUUCUCUGCAAUUCCCACCUAGCCUGCAUAUUUGCUUAACCUUACUUCACACAAAACCUGGUGUUGCGGAUGAAUUUGUCAAGGAUGUUGAGGAGAGUGUUGCUGAGAUCAUGAAAGAUCCAAAAGCAGAAUGUGGUGGUCAGGGUGCAAUCUAUGGCAUGGCUCAGAGUAUUCCUGACAGAAGCAUUGUAUGUGAAAUGGCCAGAUUUGUGAUAGAAGAAAUUUAUUCAACUCAGAAGCCAUCCAUUUGUAAUGGAAAUCAUGAAGCAGCAGCUAAUGGUGAUGUUCAUCCACACUAGUGAAAAUUCACAUCAUAAUGUUUUUGUAAACUGUAUUUUGAAUUUGGUGUCACACAUUCUAAUUGACUUCAUUGCUGAUAUGAAAAAGUUAUUAUUGCCCCACAGAUUGUACAUGUUAUUACUUUAAAAAAUUUAAAUUCCAGUCAUUGUUUGAAUGAUGGCUCUUUUAUAUACCUUUUUAAUUGUCAGAACAUUUUUUGAUGCAUUUAUAAAGUUGCAUUACAUCAGAUAUUGUACUUUUUAAAACAUGUUUUUUUCUUUCUUUUUACAUUGAUUAAACAUGUUGACUAUUAAUCUUUAUUCAUACUUUACCAAAAUCGAAAAUCUUUCAAAUGUGAGAUUACUGUGAUAUAAUUAUGAUUUUUUUUUCAAUUGGAAUUAGUACUUAUAAAAAAUAAAAGCUGAAAGGAAAGAAGAGAGUUAUAAAUAUGUUUUAAUAAUAGAAAAGUGGGGAUAUUUUGAAAGAAACUUUGGUUGUACCUGUAAGUUCAUUAGUAAUUUGCAUAUAAUUUUUGGGUUCUACAUUUUAUAUUUUUGUUAUCCUAACACCCAUUUCAAUGCAGAUAAUUAGCAGUUCACUCAUAUGUUGAAGCAAUGAAUGAGAAAGAUAUUAAGGUGUGUAGGCAAGGUGUUGGUCAUGGAUUAUAAAAACAUUUUUUGUACCUCACUGUGACAUUUUUACAAUUUUUCAUUCACCUUUACAAUUUGUGAUUUUAAUUGUAGAACAAUUAAUUAUUGUCUUGCUUUCUUUUCUUUUAUAUUGCACAUUUUGUGUUUCCACAUGUCAGAAGUUAUAAAAAUGUUUUUGUUUUUGUAGUCAUUCCAGAAUAUAGUAAUCCAAAUGAGAAUAUUUUGUUGAUUAAAAGACAUAUGCAUAUUUGAUGUGCCUUUUAAGUUCAACUGUUUAUUUAUGUGUUAACAUUAGGGUCAGCAUAAAUGUAUAGUACAAUAGACAACAAACAAGUAUACAAUUUCUCUCAAUUGUAUUAAAUUGAAUUUCAGAAACAUGAACAAACAGAAUAUUACAAUUAUUAAACAUCUCAAAUGCAAUAAAAAUAUAGUUUUUUUUUAAA